AUGAGCGCAAUCGCAUCUAACGAAGCUCCCAUCAUCGCCCAGGCUCAGGUGGAUGAUGCAGCUCUCGCCGGCACCGUGAGGGAGAAGCGCCUUGGGCGUGGUUCUAUCGACGUGACCUCCUUCCAAGAGACCAACUCUUCAUACGACGAUGAAGUUACUGAAGCUGACCUCAACUCUCUUCGUCGGGUCUCGGGGAAGAUACCGUGGCCGGCUUUCACUGUCGCCUUUGUCGAAUUGUGCGAGCGUUUCUCCUACUAUGGCACCACCGUUGUCUUCGUCAAUUUCAUCCAGCAACCUCUUCCGGAAGGCUCCACGACCGGGGCGGGUCAUUCAGGCCAGUCUGGUGCUUUGGGGAUGGGCCAGCGAGCCUCGACGGGACUCGUGACCUUCAACCAGUUUUGGGCAUAUGUGAUGCCGUUGCUAGGCGCAUACAUUGCUGACGCUCACUGGGGUCGCUACAAAACCAUCCAUGGUGCCAUUGUCUGUGCCAUUGUUGGGCACGUCAUCUUGACAGCUUCAGCAGCUCCGAGCGUCAUUUCUCAUGGAAGCUCCGCUCUCGCCGCGUUCACCAUCGGUCUCAUCAUCCUGGGUGUCGGAACUGGUGGCUUCAAGUCGAACAUCGCUCCGCUUUUGGCUGAGCAGCAAACAGAGACCAAGAAGAGGAUCGAGGUGCUCCCUUCUGGCGAGCGUGUCAUUGUGGAUCCGACCGUGACGACCUCUCGAAUCUUCCUAUACUUCUAUCUCUGCAUCAACAUCGGCUCGCUGGUUGGCCAGAUUGGCAUGGUCUACUGCGAGAAGUAUGUCGGCUUCUGGCUCGCCUACAUGCUUCCCACAUGUUUGUUCCUGUUCGCACCUGUUGUGCUCAUUGCAUGCCGCAAGCACUACGUCUUGACCCCACCAACUGGAUCUGUCAUCGCAAAGUUCUGGCACUUGUGGACCUACGCAUCCAAGGGUCGAUGGAGCAUCAACCCAGUCACGACAUACAAGAACCUGUCCGCUGCCGAUUUCUGGGAACGCGUAAAGCCUUCCAACAUUCCCGCCGCUCAACGGCCGACCUGGAUGACCUUCGACGACGCUUGGGUUGAAGAAGUCCGCCGUGGCCUUAAAGCAUGUGCCGUCUUUUUGUAUCUGCCCCUCUACUGGCUCGCUUAUGGCCAGAUGACGGGCAACCUCACAUCGCAAGCUGCUGUUAUGGAACUCAACGGCGUCCCCAAUGAUAUCAUCCAAAACCUCAACCCGAUCUCCAUCAUCAUCUUCAUCCCCUUUAUGGACUUCGUCGUCUACCCAGGCCUCCGCAGAGCACGCAUCAAUUUCACCCCCAUCAAGCGCAUCGCCUUCGGCUUCGCGCUCGCCAGCCUGGCCAUGGUGUCCGCCUGUGUCAUUCAAGUGUACAUCUACCGCCUUUCGCCCUGCGGCCACCACGCGUCGGACCCAGACUGCUCCGGCCCGGCGCCCAUCAACGUCUGGGUGCAAACGGUGCCGUAUGUCCUCAUCGGUUUCUCCGAGAUCAUGGCGAGCAUCACGUCCCUGGAAUACGCCUUCACCAAGGCGCCGUACAACAUGCGUAGCUUCGUCAUGGCCAUCAAUCUGCUGAUGAACGCCUUUUCCAGCGCCAUCGCGCAGGGCCUUGUGGCGCUGUCGGCCGAUCCGCUGCUCGUGUGGAACUACGGUGUCGUCGCAGUCUUGGCCGGCGUCGGCGGUAUCUUGUUCUGGCUGAACUUCAAGAAACUUGACAGUGAAGAGGAUAAAUUGAACAUGCUGCAGGCUAGUGCUUACGUGGGCAAGAGGAAAAGCGUGGCUAGCGUGAGUGGGCCGGUGACACAGGAGACAUUGGUGGAAAAGGAUCACGCAUAG